AUGUUUAUUAAAUCCAUAGCAUCAUUAUUGUUCUAUGUGGUACUAUCGACUAUCGAUCGUAAUAAACUGAUAAAGUGAUAAAUAAUAAUAACAAUAAUGUAGAUUGUAUUGAUUAUAGAUACUCACUAUCCAUUUAAAAUUAUUUAUUAUACCUACGUAUGAAGUGAUAUUUUACUUUUUGGUCGUUCUCGUUUGCACGGAUCUUUCGAUCGUCAUUUACUCUUAUGUGGUCGAGCUGUUAAACCAACUUCGUUGUCGCAUACAGGAUUGGAGUUGUUUGUUGCCGACACACAAUGUCUUUCCACGAUAGUAACAUGUCACCAUCUUCGACUUUCUCAAUGGACGACGACGACGACAACAUGAGUGUGAAGAACGAAAACAAAGAUUUAACUGACUCUGAUGAAGAAGGCAAAGAAAACCGUGAGAAACACACUGAAAUACAGGAGCAGGUCUACCAGGAUAAAUUAGCUGGUAUCCAAAAGCAACUACAGCAGUUGCGUGAUGGGACACACGCAGAAUAUGUAAAGCAAUUGAAAAAAUUGGAUGCACAGCAUAAAAAUGAACUAAGGAUGAAUAAUUUGUGGCGAGACUGUUUGCUUGAUGCUAUCGAAAGAGAAUUUAAUAGAGAACGGCGUCUAGCUCACAAAGAGUUUGAAGAUCGUAAUGCUGAACUCACUGAGACUUUGAUAUCAGAAUUAAAUGAAAGGAAAAAAGCUAUAGAACAUGACAAUUUAAAUACAGAACUUUCUCCAGACUCAUCAGAUCAAAAACCUGCUAUGACAAGAAAACUGAGAAGAAGACCAAAUGACCCAGUGGUUCCCGCACCUCAAGAGAAACGUCGCAAACCCCCACCUGUAUCAAAUAUCUAUUAUUUGUUGCAGGAACACGAAAUUGAUCACGAUGUAAAACUUAUUCAAGAGUCAUUAGCUUCAUUGGCAUCUACUUCUACCACAACAACCCCUACUGUCAAAACAAGGGAUACAGUAAAUUCUUCAUCUAUUAGGAAACCAGGGUGUCUUCCAAGUACUAGUUCAUCAACUGCAGGUAAUAUGAGUCCAAAAAAAUGCCAGAAUUCAGACACUGAAGGAUCAUCAACUAUUCCAGAUACGCGUAUUGAAGAUGGAAAACUGCUGUUUGAAAAAAGAUGGUAUCAUCGAGGACAACCUGUUUUUGUCGAAGGAAGGCAAAUGGCAAAAUUCCCAGCUGUUAUAUCUGCCAUUGGCAACGAAACUAUCUGGGUAAAGAAAACGUCAGACAACAGUAAAUUUCGUAUCAACUUGUCUUACCUAUCCAAAGGUAAAAUGUCUAUCAAACGUCGAGCUGCUGUUUAAACAACUACUUAUAUUCAGAUGUUAUAUAUUUAUGCAUGUAGGUCAUUUAUUUUUAUUUAUUCCUGUUUUUUUUUUUUAUUUACAGUUUAUAAAAAUAUGAAUUUGUAUCCUAUAGUAAUGUUAUAUUUCCUAUUGUGAAACUAAGGUACAUAUUCAAAUGUAAUGAUUUGUGAAGAUAUUUUCAAUUAUCGUAUAUAGUGUAAUAAAAUAAUAUAAUACAUUUUUUCUCUGUAUGGAA